ACCAUCAGCGCCUCCGAAAAAUGCGCAUUACUUCGAAAAGCGAUUGAGCAGCACCAACGUUACACCAAAAUGGCGGUUACCGGAAAAGGGUUUGACCGUCAUCUUCUCGGCCUUCGGCUCAUUGCUGCUAAUUGCGGUGAUCUUACGCCAAGUUUGUUCGCCGAUCCAACAUAUGAAACCGCAAACCACUUCCUCCUCUCCACCAGCCAGAUAACUGGUAAGGAAGAUUUCGGUGUCAGCUUCGGACCCGCCGCUCCAGAUGGAUAUGGAUUUAACUACAACCUGCAAGGUCACCACAUGAAUCUAACGGCUAGCGCCUUCAAAUCAAAAACUCCAGACAACUCUGCAAGGAAUCUGCUUAACUGUCUUGCCGCUAGCCUUUUAGACAUGCGAAAGCUUCUUGAGAGUGCAGCGGAGGUCGACAUUAGCGAAAAGUGA